AUGUCGUCGUUUAAUAUCGAUAGUACGCAUGGACCGCAAGCGAAAAGUCGUGAAUUUGAGAAAAAUUUCAAUCUCUCAACCUUAUAUGGUGCUAAUGGUACUGGCUGUGUCCAAUCUUACAAACGUUUCAUAACACUUCUUGAUGAGACAGAAAGAAGAAAUAAUGAGAAAGAAGUAAGCACGAGGCAGAUGACGGUAAAGGGCCUUGGUCGAAAAGACAUGAACCAUCUGAUCGUCGAUGCUUUGCGGAUUUAG